UGCUGGUCCUGCUGCUGGUCCUGCUGCUGGUCCUGCUCAUCUCAGGUAGAAUUCAUCAGCUCUUCUGCUGCUGGUCCUGCUCAUCUCAGGUUCUUUCUAAGUGAGGACUCACUGCUGACCUGUAUCUGUAGGGGAGGAUUGGUCUUUUCGGUUCUGGUGCUCCCUUUGAGACAUCACCAUGGGGGGACUAGAUGCCCUCCGGGAGUUUCAUUUGAUCAAAUGGCUCAGAGAGGAGAGACAGUCGAGAAAACUGAUUCUCUUCAUCGUGUUCGUGGCUCUUCUCCUCGACAACAUGCUGCUCACCGUGGUCGUUCCCAUCAUUCCCAGUUAUCUGUACACCCUGGAUGAGUCAACAGAUGUGGCGUUAAGGAACACCAGCCCAUCGCGACAGGAGCCCCCAGGAUCCUUCCACACCAUUGUGUCUUUAUACGACCAGACUGCCAGGGUGACGAGCUCCAACUCCACGAGCAGGUCCACAGACCUGGUUCCUCCGACUCGGUCUGCUGCACCGCUGCCCCAGAACUCGUCUGAAUGCCCCCAGGCAGGAAGCAGGCUGCUCAAUGAAAACGUCAAAGUAGGGAUGUUGUUUGCAUCCAAGGCCACCGUGCAGCUCAUCACCAACCCCUUUAUAGGACCUCUCACAAACAGAAUAGGAUACCAACUCCCUAUAUUCGCUGGCUUCUGUAUCAUGUUUGUCUCUACUAUCAUGUUCGCCUUUUCAUCGAGCUACAGUCUGCUGUUUUUGGCCAGAUCGUUUCAAGGCGUGGGCUCCUCUUGUUCAUCAGUGGCUGGUAUGGGAAUGCUUGCCAGCGUGUACACAGAUGAUGAGGAGCGAGGUCACGCCAUUGGGGUCGCGUUGGGAGGCCUGGCCCUGGGGGUGCUGGUCGGACCGCCGUUCGGAAGUGUGAUGUACGACUUCGUUGGGAAAACAGCUCCUUUCCUCAUUCUGGCUUUCCUGGCUAUGUUUGAUGGAGCCCUGCAGCUCUUUGUUCUUCAGCCCACCAAAGUGGAACCAGAGAGCCAGAAGGGGACGCCUCUGUUGACACUCAUGAAGGACCCGUACAUCAUAAUUGCAGCUGGUGCAAUUUGUUUCGGAAAUAUGGCUAUUGCCAUGUUGGAGCCAACGCUGCCGAUCUGGAUGAUGGAGACCAUGUGUGCCAGGAAAUGGCAGCUAGGCGUCGCUUUCUUACCAGCGUCCAUCUCCUACCUUAUUGGAACAAACAUCUUUGGCACGUUGGCACACAAGAUGGGGAGAUGGCUUUGUGCUCUCAUUGGGAUGGUCGUGGUUGGAUUCAGUAUUCUUUGUGUCCCAUUUGCCAAAGACAUCUAUGGUCUGAUUCUUCCCAACUUUGGUGUUGGCUUUGCCAUCGGCAUGGUGGAUUCCUCUAUGAUGCCAAUAAUGGGUUACUUGGUGGACCUGCGGCACGUGUCUGUUUAUGGAAGUGUGUAUGCCAUCGCUGAUGUGGCCUUCUGUAUGGGAUUUGCUUUAGGGCCAUCCAUCGGAGGAUCCGUAGCUGAGAGCAUUGGCUUUCCCUGGCUGAUGACCAUCAUUGGAGUUAUUGAUAUUUUCUUCGCUCCACUGUGCAUCUUCCUCAGAAAUCCACCCGGACAAGAAGAGAAAAUUGCUAUCUUGAUGGACAGCAGCUGCUCAAUGAAGACAAGGUCCUACUCCACACAGGGGGCACACUACCAGGGAGAAAGCAUGGAUCCAGAAUAUGAUGAUUAUGAUUAAUGGAAGCCAUCCAGGUUAACCCUUAAGAAGAUUUAUUUUGUUGUACAAAAAAAUAAGGAAUACAGAAAAAAAAACAGCCAAGAUUUUUCCAUCUGAAUGUCCUGCAACCAGUUGUCACUAUUCAAUGUUCUCUUAGUAGUUGUACUUGAGCAAACCAAAGUUGUUCUUGAUCUAUGAUUGAAAACAAAUUGUGUAAAAUAUUUUUUGCCAACAGCCUUAUUCAGUGGGGAGACGUGUCAAAAAACCUUUUUGAGACCGUAGGAAGGUGCUAGCAACGAGUGUGCUUUGAUGUUUUAUUUUGAAUACAGAUCAGUCCUAUUCUUAUUCUGAUCAUUGAGUUUUAUCAACUGUGUGUCAAUAAUGUUGUGCAGAGUAUUAGCAGAAUUUGGUGUUCAAGUUGGUGAUAUAAUGGGUAAUAAAAUAUGUGAAGAAACCAUUUAAUUUUUUUGUCUGUUUAUUUUAUUUGGUUCUUGUUUUUUUUCCCUGUAGAAUUAUUGUUUGUCUUUCCAUGGAUGCUGUCAUCAAGAAACAGAUAAAGAAAACCAGUGCCCUGCUUCCAGAAACCAUGCCAAAUUAAAACAACCAUACCAAAUCACAUUCAUACAUGAACUUAGAAUGAUCCAAAACAGGAUGAUCACACCCACGUUGGGCUGGUUAGAAGAAACUGGUCACUCUUACACAUCCUGUCAUUAGGUCUGAUUUUCUAUAUAUAUAUUUCAAAUAGUUAUUAUACUCAUUUAGUUUUCUAUUUUAGUACUUCUCAAAUUGUAUAAGUAUAUAAACAUUAAUGGGACAUCACAACUUAUAUGAUGUGUUGAGCACUAGGUUCACGUGUAAAUUAAAUACAAAUAUGUGCCACAUUUACCCACAUUUUACUGGAAAUGAAAGAUAACGCACUUUCUGUCCGUCAAGAUCCAGUGAUUGCUGUGAUUCCAUGAAAAGAAAAAGAUUUACUCAGCCAUAAUUUUGAAGAAAAAGAUUUUUGCACAGUGGCAAGAAGAAUCCCGUGGAGUGAAGCGGUUUUCUACAUUAAUUUCUGUAUUAAUUUGCCAGAAAACGUGAUUUUCGUCCAAGUCAUGACAAUAGAGAAAUACAAUGUGUUAUGCUGAUUAAAUACAACUAUAAUUUCUUGAGUUUUUUUGAAAACAUCCAUUAGACAUUCACAGUAGUGGAGGAAUCGGUACGAGCACCCUUGGAGAUGAUAGAGUAAUAAUGUAACCUUGUUCGUCAGCAGAGACUUCAACAUCUUCCGGGAUCUCUGGAUCAGAGCUAAACAACGUUCAGGAGUAAUUCUGGACCAUUCCUCAUUCCAGAACUGCUUCAGUUCAGAAACAUUUGUAGGAUGUCUGGUGUGAACGGCUGUCUGGGGCUCAUUCCGUUCCACAGCAUCUCGUUGAAGUUAAAGUCUGGACUCUGACUGGGCCAGCCCAGAAGGUGCAUUUACUUCCAGGUUUAGGGUGUCCUGCUGCAUCACCCAACUCCUACUUAAGCUUCAGAUGGUGGACAGACACCCUGGCAUUUUUCUGUAGAUUUGAAUACAUUUAGGAAUUAAUUUUCCCCUUAGUGAAGGUAGAGGGUCCAGAUCCCAAGGCACCAAGCCCAAAUCCACCAUACUUCCCUGUUGGUGUGAAAAUGUUUUAUAUUGGUGAACUGUGCCCGGGUGGCAUAUGCAGCAUUGACUAUUCUUCCCAACCAAUUUAACUUUUGUUUCAUCAGUUCACAUUCACCAACUAGUGUUGUGGGUUGAUCAGGUGCUCUUUGGAAAACUGCACUGCCUUUCUCUAUGGUGUUGUGAACAUUCUACCCCUUCAACAUCUGCCAUAUGGUAGACUCAUAAAUGGAGAUGUUUGCAUGUUCCAUUGAUGUUUUCAAGAAGUUAACUGUCAAUCAUGGGUUUUUCUUCUUCAUUUCAACGCUGGGCAUUGUGUGUCCUCUUGGCUGGUCCUCCAUGUUCAGUACUGAACUAUCUCCAUCUCUAGACAGUUUUUCUAGACCCGUGUUUUUCAACCCUUGUGCUUGACACACACUGUCCUGCAUGUUUUAGAUGUUGCUCUGCUCUAAUAACCAUGAGUUUGUCAUCAAGAUUCACAGGAGCCUUCAAUGGUCCACUAAUGGCGCUUUUCCAUUAGUACCUACUAGCCCGACUCGACUCGCCUCGGUUUGGUGCUUUUCCACUAGGGGUCCAACGUUCCGAGUAGAUACUUUUAUUUAACUAUUCUGCCGAGGUUCUAAGCUGCUGAGUCGGCUGUAUCUGACAUCAUCACACUACAGGCCACCGAUUGGUCGGGGGGUUGGAGUCAGACGUCUGAGUCAGGAGGAGGAAAUCAGCGACUCGCGGCUUUUUCAUUUUAUUCCACCAGCAAUGGCAGCGCAUGAUCCAACUCUGAGG